AUGUCUGUGUUUUUCUGUCUAUGUCUGUCUGUGGAAUAUUAUAGGUUGCUAGCGCUGUAACAAUUAAUAAAAUAAUCUCAUAUCUAUUUCCAUAAAAUCCGCUAAAAAAUUAAUCAUUAUUCACAAAACGUUAAUCAUUUCUUAGAAGCAAUGCUACACAUGACUAAAGUCCGAACCUAGCAGUAAUUUACUUGGUAAUUAAAGUUACACCAAAAGGAAGGAUAUAUUUAUAAAUUAUAUUACAAUAAAAGUUUAUUGAAGCUAAGCGUCAGCGAUUUGAAAUGUCACAAAAUACCUAUCAGCCACAAAAUAUUGAUAGCAACGUCCCAUUAAAAAGUGGACCAUCCUCAAUACUUAAUGGUCAAUCAACGAUUCAACACAAUCAAAAUGGUAGUCAACAACAAAUUUAUAAUUCUACUGGUACACCAUCAUCCCAAUCAUCACGUGAAACAUCUCGGGACCCAUCUCCGACCCAAUAUCUUCACAAUCAAUAUCGUCCUCAACUGACAAGACCACCAAUGCCACCAAUAAACGGGCAACAGCCUCAUGAUCCACCGGGACCAGUCCACCGUUCGGUAUUUCAAUCCCAGCCUCCAAGAUUCCCACCGGGUGUAAUCAAACCACAGGAUCCGCGUCAACAGCAGCCACCAGUGGCUCCUGGGACCAAGAUAACCCAAGAUCAGCCUCAGUUGAACGACCAGAUACAGCCGCCAGUAAAUGCAAAUCAACCUAGCCAUCUGAAUGCUCUUCCAUACUCUAGUAACCAACAAUACCUACCGCCACAGCAACAGCAGCAGAAUAACAACUUCAGUCAAGGACUAAACAACCAACCCAGUCCCUUGCAAUACUCUAGGCCAUCAAAUCCAAAUCCUCCACCAUCUGCAAGUUCAUUCAACAAAAAUCAAGGGCAAAGUUUACCAACUGUCCCGCUAGUACCAAAUUCACAGUAUAAUCUUAAUAGUAAUGUCAAUCCGAACUUAGCUAUGGGACCGCCACGCCCGACACUGCCAACCGCUCAAUUUUCUAACAAUCAGCAGCACCAACUUCAGCAGCAGCAGCCUUCAAUCCCAAAGCAGCAGUUAAAUUAUGGUAAUCAGCAGAUGGAUCCAAGAUUACCACCGACCAGCAACACUGCGCCGAUUUAUCCAACUCAAAAUUACGGACUAAGUCAACAAAAUUUAACUAGUCAGAAGAGGUAUCCAUCUGCUAAUUUCAAUCCAAUUCCUAGUGCUGGUGGUGUUACAAGUCCUACAAAUGAUAAUUUGCCGAGAAGUGGACCGCCGCUUCCUGGACAAGUGACAAGUCCGUAUGACAACAGACAAGGUUAUUACGGUCAAAUGUCAAAUGUACCCCUGGACAAUAUGUCGAAAAGAUAUCCGUCGCAAAUGACCGGUGGGGUUAAUAACUAUCAGAAUGACAUUAAUCAAUUAAAUACUCAGAUGAGUAGAAUGGACGUUGUGAAUUCUGGUUUCAAUUCAAUGUGGAAUCAUCAUUCGAUUGAUUUAUUGCAAAACAGAAAUAUUUUGCCAGCUGAUAAAAUUGAAGCACCUAUUAUUAAGUUGCCGCAAGAAGAACUGGAAGCUGUUAAUUGUAGUCCUGAUAUUUUCCGCUGUACAUUAACCAAAAUUCCGGAAAACGACAAAUUACUGAAGAAGACACGAUUACCACUAGGAAUUUUGAUACACCCUUUCAAAGAUUUAAAUCAUUUACCGUUGAUACAAUGUAGUACAAUAGUGCGCUGUCGUGCGUGUCGCACUUAUAUAAAUCCUUAUGUAUAUUUCAUUGACCCAAAACGAUGGAAAUGUAAUUUAUGUUACCGCGCAAAUGAUCUUCCCGAAGAAUUCCAAUUUGAUCCAGUAUCAAAAUCAUUUGGCGAUCCAACAAGAAGACCAGAAGUUAAAACGAGCACAAUUGAGUUUAUUGCGCCAAGUGAAUAUAUGCUCCGUCCACCUCAACCAGCUGUUUACCUCUUCAUAUUGGACGUUUCACGGCUGGCCGUUGAAAGUGGAUACUUGGCAAUCGUUUGCAAUACGAUAAGCGAAGAAUUAUCAAAAUUACCGGGUGACAGUCGUAUGCAAGUCGGAUUUUUGGCUAUUGAUUCAGCUGUACAUUUCUUCAGCAUGCCUGAUAAUGUAUCUCAGCCGCAUGAAUUGAUAAUGCUUGACGUUGAUGAUGUUUUCUUACCGUGUCCAGAUAAUUUAAUUGUUAAUUUAAAAGAACGGGAAGAAUUAGUGCGUGAUUUAUUAACUCAAUUGCCCACUAAAUUUACUGGAACACUUGAUAAUAAUAAUGCCUUAGGUGCUGGAUUACAAGUUGCUUAUAAAUUGAUGUCUGCUAGUGGUGGACGCGUAAGUGUAUUCCAAACAUGCUUACCAAAUGUUGGACCAGGAUCAUUACAAGCACGAGAAGAUCCAAACGCACGUGCAAACAAGGAUGUACCGUACUUGAAUCCAGCGACUGAUUUCUAUAAACGUCUUGCGCUAGAUUGUAGCGCUCAGCAAAUAGCCGUCGAUUUGUUUUUACUCAAUGGUCAAUACUGUGAUUUAGCCACUAUAUCUGGCAUAUGUAAAUUUUCUGGUGGUUGCAUAUACCAUUUGCCACUAUUCCGUAACAAUAAACCGCAGUGCAAAGAAACUCUCGAACGUAUGUUGCGUCGUUAUUUAACUCGAAAAAUAGGAUUUGAAGCUGUAAUGAGAAUACGCUGCACACGUGGAUUAAGUAUUCAUACUUUCCAUGGUAAUUUCUUCGUUAGAUCAACAGAUUUAUUGAGUUUGCCAAACGUUAAUCCAGAUGCAGGCUUCGGUAUGCAAGUCGCUAUCGAGGAAAAUUUAUGUGAUGUACAGACUGUAUGUUUCCAAGCUGCUUUACUUUAUACAUCCAGCAAAGGUGAAAGACGCAUCAGAGUGCAUACACUUUGUUUGCCAGUUUCAGCAGAUCUGACAGAUAUCUUGUACUCUGCUGAUCAGCAAUGUAUUGUUGGAUUGGUGUCAAAAAUGGCCGUUGAUAGAUCACAGCAGACUUCAUUAUCCGACGCACGUGAUGCAUUAAUAAAUGUUGCCAUAGACGCGUUGUCGGCAUAUAAAAUAGCACAACCAUCAAGUACUGGUGGUUUAAUGGCACCACUUAAUUUAAAACUAUUACCUCUUUACAUCGUAGCCUUAAUGAAAAGCGUUGCCUUCAGAACUGGCACAAGUACCCGAUUAGACGAUCGUAUAUUUGCAAUGUGCCAAAUGAAGUCGUUACCACUGUCACAGUUGAUGUUGAUGGUUUAUCCAGACUUAUAUCCGAUUCAUAACUUAGAUGAUCAAAAUGGAAAAGAGAUUGAUGGCAGAUUGUGCCCUCAACCCCAGCGCUUACAUUUAACCGCUGAGAAACUUGAUUUCCGCGGCGCAUUUUUAUUAGAUGCUGGUGAUAAAAUUUAUAUUUAUAUCGGGAAAAAUAUUGAUUCACUCUUUUGUACUAAUGUAUUGGGUGUAUCCUGUUACUCAGCCAUUCCUGAAGAAAUGUACGAUUUACCAGAAUUAAACACUGUUGAAAAUGAACGGCUAAGGUUAUUCUUAUUCAGUUUACAAGAAGAAAAACCAUAUUAUGCAACUGUACAAAUAAUACGCGAUGACAGCCAUUUCAAGAAUCUAUUCAUCGACUAUCUAAUUGAAGACCGUACAGAAGCAGCAUUAAGUUAUUAUGAAUUUUUACAACAUCUUAAAACACAGAUUAAGUAAUUAAAAUUAAUAUAAAUAUAAUAAAUAAUUUAGUUAAUUGAAUAAAUAAAUAAAUAAAUAAAUAUGAAUAAUGAACAUCACCAGAUAAUACGCGUGAUAGUUGAAUGAUUUUUUUUGUUUUCGUACCGUGAUCAAGGAUGACAGAAUUGUUUAAAAAUAUUUUUAACUUUAUAAUUUAAAAUUUAUUAUAAUAAAAUCUAUUAGUUAAUUAGCUUAUAAUUGUAACAAUAAAUAAAUAUUUAAUGUUAUAAUUAUAAGAAGAAAAAAUUAGUUAGAACUGGGAUUAGUUGACCAAAUUAU